AUGGCAGGUCUAAAAACUGCAACCCAAAACUUUACUGUAAAAGUUUCAGGAAAAACAAUCUCUGGUAUAAAUGUUUUUGCGGUGUUGAAUGCACCAAGAGCUGACGGGACAGAAGCGCUUGUGUUGAGUGCUCCAUGGAAAUCAAGAGAUGAUUUAACAACUAAUGUUAAUGGUAUAGCAGCAAUUCUAUCUAUUGGAAAAUUUUUUAAAAGUUAUACAUAUUGGUCAAAAGAUAUUAUAUUCUUGAUUACUGAUGAAGGAGAAGCAGGAGUUCAAGCUUGGUUGGAAUCUUAUCAUGAUUAUCAACGAUCAACAAGUCCUUUACUUUUACGCUCAGGCGUAAUUCAGGCAGCGAUUAAUUUAGAUUUUCCUGGAACCAGUGAUUAUCGAGCAAUCGAACUAUUUUUUGGUAAUUAUAGAAUUGAGGAGGGUGUUAAUGGUCAACUUCCCAAUUUAGAUUUAAUCAACAUUAUUAUACUUUGUACUGCCAGAGUUUCAUAUAGUAUCCCCAUAAAGUUAAAUGGUUCAGGACAUUAUUAUAAUUUUAAUGACGCUGGUGAUUAUUUGUCAUCUCUGUAUAAUUUAUUAAUGACAAUGAAAUAUCAAGCUUUAAGUCAUCCAACUGGUAGUCACGGGUUAUUCUUUAGGUAUAAAAUUGAUGCCAUUACUCUAUAUGGUAAAAGUGAUGCGCCAGUUUCCAGUAGUUAUGGCUUUAUGGAAAUUGGAUCCGAUAUCCCAAUUACAACAAAUGAAAAUGACAAAAUAAAUCAACAAUUAAAUCAAGCUCAAUCUUCUGAAUCAGUUGAAUUAAACCCCAAGGUCUUAUCCUUACCAUAUAAUAAAAGACCAAGAGAAAUUUUAUAUCCAAUGAUUGGAUUAGUAAUAUCUCAUAUUGCUGGAUUGAAACAGCCACUUAAACCAGCAUCAGAUUGGAUCAUAUUAAAAUCAUUUACAUUGGCAUUUUCAGGGAUGUUAAUAUCAUGCCUUUCAGUGUUAAAUUUUAGUUUAGCAGUAUUUAUAUCACUAUUAGUAUUAAUUCCAUUUUCACUAUUUCAACCAAAUCAGAAGAAUCAACCACAAAAAAACAUUACAAUUUAUUUACAAUCAUUAAUAUUAUUUAUGAUUUCACCACCAGGAAUAUUAAUAAUAUCAAGGACUAACAUAGAAGAUUUUUUAAAUUGGGCUUUAUUAGAAUAUGAAUUACUUGGGAGUUAUCUAUUGCCAUUCCAUGCAGAUAAAAUCUCAAGUGCUCAUGUUUAUCUUAGAUUACGAUCAGAACAGAAAUGGGAUAAUAUCCCUUUAGAUCUUUUAAAUGAUCUGGGCCAAUUGGUCAAAGCUAAUAGCAUACAGGGAAGUAAAGAAAAAAGCAUCACAAUUGUAUAUACGCCUUGGUCAAAUUUAUUGAAAACACCUGGUAUGGCUACUGGUGUAGUAAAAAAAUUCCAAGCUGGAAAUAAAGAAAAUGUAAUUUUAAAAAGAUUAGAGAAAACUAAAAUAGAACGACAUCCAGAUCUUGAGGCUGAGAAAGUGGAUAUGGAGAAAGAAGUUCGUAGAAUAGCUCGUGAGAAAGCUAAUAUUAUAAAACAAGAGCAACUUCGUUUAGAAAGGGAACGUAAGGAACAAAAGGCAAAAAAUUCAUAUGAUACAAUAUUUGUUGAAACAAAUAUGAGAAGUAAUACUGAUGCAAUUGAUAUGGAAGAGGAUUUUAUGUAA